AUGGUUAUUCAUCGUCCAGAAGUAGCAUUGGAUACAUCAAGAAUGGGUCAAGAUGUUGUUGUUGUUAAAAAUGGUCGACGAUUAUGUGGAACGGGUGGUGCGAUUGCUAAUGCACCAAUAGUUCAAAAUAAAGCUUACUUUGAAGUAAAAGUGCAAACACAAGGAUCUCAGCGAGUAAAUUUAAAUAAAGUUCCACUUGGCUGCGAUUCUGAUAGUUGGAUACUGGAACAUUCAGGUGAAAUUAAACAUGAUAAGAAAUCAUUAGGACAGAUUAAAACGUCUAUUGAAGAAGGUGAUGUAAUCGGAUUUGCUUAUGAUCAUGAACUAUUUCGUAUAUUCAUUAAUGGACAAGAGCAAGAGCCAGCUGUACGUAUUUCAACUCGUACUACGGUAUUUCCUGUGUUCUACGUUGAUGAUGGAGCAAUACUUGAUAUUCAGUUUGGAACAUUUUAUUAUCCACCUCCUGAAGGGGGAUAUGAUCAUGGAAAAGAAGUGUGGACAAACGAUAUACAACGUCAAGUUGUACCAUUUGAUCAUAAAACGACUAUAGCUGAAUUUUGUUAUGCUGAUAGAAGUGUGAUUCAAAAAGCCAUUGAUAGUGCAUUAAAAAAUAGAAUCAAAUGGAAUAUGUUACCGGUUGAACAGCGUGCAAAUAUCUUUCUAAAAGCAGCUGAUCUUGCAUCAACCUCAUGGCGUCAAGAUUUAAUUGCGACAACAAUGCUUGGUCAAGGAAAAACAGUUUUUCAAGCAGAAAUUGAUGCAGCCUGUGAAUUAAUUGAUUUUUGGCGUUUCAAUGUACAAUUUCUAGCUGAUGCCUUGAAAUAUAAACCAAUCAGUACAACUGAUUCUGAUAAUACAUAUUCUUAUCGUGGACUAGAAGGUUUUGUUGCUGCGAUAACACCAUUUAAUUUUACGGCCAUUGGUGGUCAUCUAGCUAGUGCACCAGCAAUGAUGGGCAACACACUGUUAUGGAAGCCAUCCGAUACGGCUGUAUUAUCGAGUUACAUUGUCUAUCAAAUAUUACAAGAAGCGGGUCUGCCGCCUGGCAUUAUCAACUUUGUUCCAGCUAAUGGUCAGAUCUUUGGUAAAACAAUCACAAAAUCACCGGAUCUCGCAGCAAUCAGUUUUACAGGAUCUUCUGCGACGUUUAAAACAUUAUGGAGAUGGGUCAGUGAAAAUCUUGAUAUUUAUCGUUCGUUUCCACGAUUGAUUGGUGAGUGUGGUGGUAAAAAUUUUCAUCUCAUUCAUCCUUCCGCUGAUUCAGCAACGAUUGUUUAUGCAACAAUACGAGCAUCAUUCGAAUAUAGUGGCCAAAAAUGUUCAGCAUGCAGUCGCGUCUAUUUGCCACGUUCAUUAGCUUCUUCGUUUUUUGAUGAUAUGAAAAAUAUAGUCAAUAAUGAACUCAAAAUAUCUUCUCCAUUAGAGUUUGAUACAUUUUCUAGUGCGGUUAUUGAUAAUAAAUCAUUUGAUCGUAUAAAAGCUUAUAUUGAUUAUGCGAAGGCAUCAUCAUCAUCAAAAAUCAUUGCUGGUGGAUUAUGUGACAAUCAUAAUGGUUAUUAUGUACAUCCAACUAUAAUUGAAACAACCAAUCCAAAUGAUAAAUUGAUGCAAGAAGAAAUAUUCGGUCCUGUAGUGACUGUGUACGUUUAUGAUGAUAAAAAAUUUGACGAUAUUGUGGAUUUAGUUGAUCAAACAUCACCCUAUGGAUUAACUGGCUCCAUAUUUUGUCAAGAUAAAACAAUACUAAAGAAAACAAAAGAACGUUUAUUUCAUUCCAUGGGUAAUCUUUAUUUGAAUGAUAAAUCAACGGGCUCGGUUGUUAAUCAACAACCGUUUGGUGGCAGUCGUUUAUCUGGAACAAAUGACAAAGCAGGUGGACCACAUUUCAUCCUACGGUGGGCAUCACCAAUAUCAAUAAAAAAUAUGAAAAAACCAUUGGAUACAUUUAAGCAUGUUUCAAUGGAAAAUCCAUCAUAG